GAUCACAUGUGGUCUCCUACCUCUUGGAUUUUUUUUACAACCGUUUUGCCGCGAUCGAGAGAUGAACAAUCUCCUUAGUUUUUAAUCAUAAAAUUAUGGAUUUUUCAAUUGCCAGGACAUCUUGUAAUAGUGACACUAUGAUCAUAACAAGUGAACCGUCCCCAGAAUCGAGCAAACCCACAAAAAAUAUGCUCAAUUUCAGUGUUGAUCGGUUACUUUCCUGUGAUCGUGAUUACAGUGACAAACAGGAUAAUAAUACUAAUUGCACAGCAUCAUGCAACAAUUCCAUUUCAAAGUGCCAUCAAGAAGAAUUAACAAAUUCCGAUGAAACUGGGAAUAGAGUAAUACGUCCAAUGCCAAUAAGAAUUGCAGGAUCGGGACGAGAACAUCGAGGACUUCCCUGUGGUGAUUCAAAUCCAGUAAUACCAUCAAUUAUGCGAUUCACACAUCUCUUCACACCAACUUACAAUCACCCACGAACAUUCUAUGGACUUCCACCACCUCAAAAUCCACCCCUGAGAUCCACAAUCACCACCAUGGAAGUCCCUGAUCCAUCAACAUCCACCAACACAUCCAAUUCAUCCUCCACCAAAAGGAAGAGAUCCUGGUCAAGGGCUGUUUUCAGCAAUCUCCAGCGGAAGGGUCUGGAAAUAGCCUUCGGCGGUCAGAAGUACAUCACAAAGCCCGACCGACGGAAAUUAGCAGCUCGACUGGGACUCACGGAUGCACAAGUGAAAGUGUGGUUCCAAAAUAGAAGAAUGAAAUGGAGACAUACGGGAGAGGAAAAAAAUUGCCCCAGCAAAAAAAAUACUUUUGAUAAAGAUGAAGCAUUUGUUGGUACUGAAGAUGAUGAAAUUGACGUAAUAUCGGACUAAUUUAAUUGUAUCAGAUUGACUUGAGAUUUCAUAAAAAAUAACACAUAUUAAACAAUUAAAGUGUAGUUUGAUCUCUAUUCUUAAUGAGUCUUUAGAAUUAAAAUCUUAGCUAAAGAUAGUGCUAUUCCAUUAUACUCUCUAUUGCCGCUCCGUAGAAAAUUAUUUCACACAUUUUAAAUUAUAAAAUCAAAGCAAAUAUAGUGUUAAUUGCGCUGUAUAGAAACCUUUAGAAACAUUAUAAAUUAUUCCGUUGGUGGGCACUUAAUUACUGAAGAUUUAUCAGUCACUGUUGGGAUGCACAAUUUAAUUGAGAUCAUCACUUGUAAUCGAGACAUAUAGAAGAUGUAAUAAAGUCAUUUAAACUAAUUUGUG